AAAUCCCACAGUCACGUACAAUUCUAUUCUCUGUUACAUUCGAGACUAUCCUAUUGCUCUAAUCAAAAAUGUUAAGUGUUCGAUCAACACUCGCUCCUGCUAUCCGCCGAAUCGCGACCCGUACAUUCGCGGCGGGUGCCGACCUCAACAAAACGUUGUUGGAAACUGACCCGGAACUCAGUCAGUUGAUCGAGCAGGAAAAGGCUCGUCAACGCAACAGUCUCGUGUUGAUCGCCAGCGAGAAUUUUACUUCGAAGGCGGUAUUGGAUGCUCUUGGCUCUGUCCUUUCUAAUAAGUACAGUGAGGGAUAUCCAGGAGCCCGAUACUACGGAGGUAACGAGAACAUUGAUCAAGUCGAGCUGCUCUGUCAAAAACGUGCUUUGGAGGCCUUUCAUCUUGACCCCGCUGAAUGGGGUGUCAACGUUCAGUCCCUCUCAGGUUCACCGGCAAACUUUCAGGUUUACACUGCGUUGCUCGAAACACAUGCUCGCAUAUUAGCCUUGGACCUUCCGCAUGGAGGCCAUCUUUCUCAUGGAUACCAAACUGCCACGAAGAAGAUUUCUAUGGUGUCACGGUACUUUGAGUCAAUGCCAUACCGUCUCGAUGAAUCCACUGGAACCAUUGACUACGAUCAGAUGGAAAAGAGUGCCGAUCUCUUUCGUCCCAAGAUGAUUGUUGCUGGCGCUUCGGCAUAUUCUCGAUUAAUUGAUUAUGAACGCAUUCGCAAGAUCGCUGACGGUGUGGGUGCCUAUGUCAUGUCCGAUAUGGCGCACAUUUCUGGGUUGGUCGCCGCGCAGGUCAUUCCUUCCUGCUUCGAAUAUUCCGAUGUGGUGACUACGACAACGCACAAGAGUUUGCGUGGACCACGGGGCGCCAUGAUUUUUUACCGCAAGGGCCAGAAAGGUACCGACAAGAAGGGGAACCCGAUUAUGUAUGACUUGGAGGAGAAGAUCAAUUUUACCGUAUUUCCUGGUUUGCAGGGCGGCCCUCAUAACCACACGAUCGGCGCGCUGGCUACAUGCCUCAAACAAGCUGCCACCGCUGACUUUGUUGUCUACCAAAAGCAAGUAUUGAAGAACUCGUCUCGCCUGGCCGAGGAACUCAACAAAUUGGGAUACACCUUGGUGAGUGGGGGAACAGAUAAUCACUUGGUCUUGAUUGAUGUUAAGUCUUCCGCUAAGAUUGACGGAGCCCGUGUCGAGCGCAUUUUGGAGCUGGCUUGUAUUGCGACGAACAAAAACACCGUGCCGGGUGACACCUCGGCGUUGAUGCCUGGCGGUAUUCGAAUGGGAACGCCAGCGUUGACGUCUCGUGGUUUCAAGGAAGAUGACUUUACCAAGGUAGCCCACUUUUUUGACCGCGCUGUCAAGAUUGCCGUCAAGCUUAAGAAUACGGACCAGGGGGCAAAGCUCAAGGGAUUUCGUGAGAUGUGUGCCGUUGGUCCCUCGGUUGACGCUGAUUUGGUUCAGCUUCGUCAUGAUGUUUCCGAAUUUGCUUGCUUAUUUCCCACAGUGGGAUUCAAUGAGGAUGAGAUGACAUUUGAAGGCGAAUACAAUGUUGACUUUGUUGCUUAGGAAGGAUUGUCCAAGCGGUGAAAACAAUCCUGAGAGAGUUUCAUAGUCUUUGAGUAAUAGAUCUCGUCUUGAUUGGCUUUUAA